UCAAUCUUUGAUUGAAUCGCAUGCAUUGCCUUCGGUACUGCACUGCUCCGCCACAAGUAUUUUUAUUAUGUCACUUUCAUAACAAAACUGAAUAUCAUCUGUAUGUAAUGCAUCUUUUCACUGAACCUUGAAGUUUAUCCUUUCAACGCGGGUGAUGGUGGCAGGAGGAGCGCAAGGCAUCUGUUGGUGACGAUAUUUGGCAUGGAUACUGCUUCAGAUCUCAGGGGCUUUACACUGACCUUCUCCUUGGCAGAAAUAUGUGGCGCGCUGGCCGUCAUCCUCACGGUGGCAUGGGUGGGCCACUUCCGCGGCGGGUUCGCCUGGCAGGCCAACCCGGCCGUCGAGUUCAACUGGCACCCGGUGCUGAUGGUCACCGGCCUGAUCUUCUUGUACGCCAACUCCGCGCUGCUGUACCGCGUGUUCCGUAGUGAGCGGAAGCGUAAGCUGAAGCUGGCGCACGCGCUGCUGAACCUGACGUCGCUGCUGCUGGUGCUGAUCGGCCUGAAGGCGGUGUUCGACUCGCACGACCUGGCCUCGCCGCCGAUCCCCAACCUCUACUCGCUGCACUCGUGGGUCGGUCUCUGCGCUGUGCUCCUGUUCGCCAUGCAGUGGAUUGUCGGCUUCGUCUCGUUCCUGGCGCCGGGCCUGAGCGGCUCCCUGCGGGCUCGCUACCUGCCCUGGCACCAGUUUUUCGGCAUGGCCAUCUUCGUCACUGCUUGCGGCGCCGCCAUCAUGGGGCUGAUGGAGAAGGCAUUCUUCGCGCUGAACCCCAAGAACAAUGAGCAGCCGUAUUCGAAGCUGCCGCCGGAGGCGUACCUGAUCAACUUCGUGGGCCUGCUGCUGGCCGUGUUCUGCUGUCUGGUGGUGUUCCUGCUGUCCCACGGCGGGUACCGGCGGCCGCCGCAGCCCGAGGACGAGAUGCUGCUCCGCGACACUGUCAUCGACUAGAGCCGGCACCGGACCCGAGCUGGAGGGCAACGGAGGCCAGGACGCCAUGACGGGUGGAAGAGGAGGGGAACGGACAGCUGCCUCCGGAGGCCGGGACAGUCGCACCCACAGCUCACAAGUCAGGUCGGGUCGGAGGAGGACGUCACAGGCGCUGAACGGUAAGGAGCGGGCCAGGCGCCUGCCGCUGGGCGGCACAGUCGUCCGUGGGCCCGCGUGACCGAGGCUGCGUUGCGGUCGGGUCAGGCGAGCUCACUGGACAGGGAGGGGCGCCGGCACCCGUCGCGGGGUGUCUGGAGAAGGAGAGCGGCGCUGCGCGCGCCGGCAGCGGCAGGUGUCUGAGGUCCCGGCAGCGCGGACCGGCCCGAUUUUCGGCCGAGGCUCAGUCUAAUGACGACCGCGGUGGGUCCACGUGUGCUGUUCCGGCUCUCUGGAACAUGCUGUCCCGGCUCCCCAUGCUCUCUUGGUGCCCCUCCGCAGCAGCGCGGGUAUGUAUUAGUGUCGUGACCGUAGUUGUAUUGGUGUUGUGCAAUGAUAUAUAUCACUGAUAUUCGCUAUUUUUGGGUUGUGACCUGUUGCGUGACAGCCAGUACUAUGCUUUUUAUCUACGUUUGAACAUACGCGGAGAUGUAUCUAUAUCCCUAAGGUAAUUUGUACUACAAGAAACGCACACGUUUGCAAGACAGUUGUCUCGCAUCAAAAUUGGCUGUGUGCUUAGCUUCGUCCGCCGCGUCUUUAUCGCAAUUUGUGAUUGACGUCUUGUCACUCCCGAUAGUGGUGGCAAUGUUGUUGUGUUACGUUUUGGUAACUUGUACGGGGAGGCUGUUAUUUUGCAUAUCUCAGGCAUAAUGGCUGAGUGAGUAGCGGGGUUACGUUACCAAGUAAAUAACAUCUGGGCGGCGCAUUGGCUGUCUGUGGAUCUGUCCAUGACCUAGCUUAGUUGUUUCAUGCAAAAUUAUGGACGUGAGCAAUUAUCUGUCUGUAUUCGUUAACCUCGAACAUUCAUAGUAUAUUCGCAGCAUACUACGUAUAUGCAGUAUAACCGUUGUAGUCAGUUUAGCAGAAUAUGCAGAUGCUUCCCAUUUGACCCUCGCUGUUUAGCCUCCGCGAUAUGACACCUUUUUUUUAAACCCCACAUUUGUUCUCCCGUGAAAUUCAGACAAGUUGUUUAGAAACCUUCAAAAAAGGUACAGUCACUCGAUUUUUCUCAAGUUUGUCUGUCUUGGCAGAUCAAGCAAUGCCAGAGCAAGCUUACGAACACACAAAUUUGAUCAGGAUCGGACGAUUGGACACUUCUAAAAAGAGAUCUUUCGUGCUUCCCGGAAAUUCACCGGAGAACGGAUGUGGGGUUUAAAAAAAAGCUGUCGAUGAUAGCUGUACCGUUCUGCGGGGUACCGAUCGUGCUGUGCAAAUGUACCGUACCGUACCGUGCCGCACCUACCAGCCGCCGAGCUGCGGCAGCUGCUGUCCGCGGCAGCGGCGGCGGCGUGGUGCUGUCCGCGGCGGCGUGGCGCUGUUAGCCGGUCACGUGGCUACUCGAACAGCGCCGUGGCUCGCGAGGCGGCCUGCGUUGGACCGUGUAUCCCGGUAUUUAUGUUUCCGAGAGGCGCUUUGUCGUUAAUUUGCACUUUGUAUAACUGCAAAGACUAUUGGAUGCGCUGAAUCUUGGCCGCACUGAACCUUGUCUGAGUCACUUCAUCGGUCACUUUGAAGCACUGUCUGAAUCGCCCCUGUGCUGUGCGCUGGUCGUCUCUGCGUCCUCCUACCGGGUCUCUGCGUCUUUAAGCGGCAUAUUACCUAUGGACUGCAGCUGGCCGGCGAGGCGGGUGAGCCGCGGAUCGGCGUUAGGCGUUACCGGCCCAGCGCGUCCACGAUCUGUCUCUCCACCGGCCACGGUGUUGACUAUUGACUGUGUUCACUAUUGAAUGCUUCGUGCAUGCUACCCAAACCCGUGUACCGUUGUCAUCGGUGUGUGCACAAUAUAACCAAUAAAUGUUGGUUGUCGGCA